GCUUGCUGCAACACCAAAAAACCUCACGAUAGAGGGAAUACAGGCAAAAGAAAAGCUUCAUCAAGUCAAAUAUCAAAAACAAGUAAGCGUCGUGGUGUUGCGGAUGAUCAGAGUGGUGGUGCGUCUGCACCGCAGCCAUCCGAGCCCCCCACCAAAACCACCACGCGCGGCCGCAAAAUCAGACUUCCGAGUAAAUAUAAGUAG